UAUAUAACCACGUCAUUGCCUAAAAGUCGGUUCCCCGCAACCUUAGCAGUGUAAGGUGGAAGCUACAGCGCAAGCAGUAGUACUACGAGUAGCAGCAGCAACAAUAACUAGGAGCAGCAGCACCCGUAGCAACAGCAGCACCAGCAGCAGCAGCAGCAGCAGCAGCAGCGCCUGCAGGACCAGCAGCACUCGCCAUGGAAGCAGCAGCAACAGCAGACCCCAUGUCGUUGUCCGACUACAUCAGCCUGUCGGACUACGCAAGCGCGUUCCUCCAAGAGACGGGUGGCUUUGAUCAAGUUGUAUUCACGACGCCAGUGGACAAUGAUUACAAAUGCUCGAUCUGCCUAAAGGUCUUGCGCAACCCCAUGCUCGGGGUUGUGUGUGGACACCAUUUCUGCCAUUCGUGCAUCGUGAGAGCGCUGGAGAGGAGGGAAGCAUGCCCACACGACAGAACGCCAGUAUCUUUGCAGGUUUCCGGAACGUUAGUACCCGAUCGCCACAUGAAGCGACAUAUUGGUGACUUUCAAGUAUUCUGUGAGAAGACGGAGCACGGCUGCACGUGGACAGGCACCUUAUUUUCGUAUAAUGCACACAAGAGAGUCUGUCCUAAAGUGAUCGUCAAAUGCCCGUUCCAGUGUGCCAACACUGGUUGCGACUACGAAUGUAUGCGAGAAGAUGUCGUUCAGCAUUGUCAGCAGCAGAGUGCGGAGCAUAACCAGAUGAUGGUACAGCGAAUGGAUGUGCUUACCAACAGCUUAUGGCAGGUUGCUACAUGCCCUGUGGAACAUCGCCAAACAGUUCACACCGAGAUAUUUGACCAAAUGGACCAGCGUCUUGUCGAAGGCCGUACAUUUUAUAGCGAUGCCUUCUACAGCGGUCCAUGCGAAAGUGGGUAUCGGCUGCGCAUGAAGAUUGCGCCAAGUAAAGGCCGACUUCGGUUAUAUUAUUCCCUAGUUAAGGGCAAGAACGAUGAUCUGUUAGAUUGGCCGUUCCGUCACCAUGUGAUUGUCCAGUGUCUGCACAUCACGAACGACGAGGUGGUCGCGCAGAAGACGAUGCGACCACCGACCGACGACGACGGUGCUUGGGGUCGCCUGUGUACCGGCCGGCCGAGCGAAACCAACUCCCUCGGCUGGGGAAACGAAAGCAUCCUGUCCCAAUCCGACCUGAUGAAAGCGGGCAUGUUAUGGUCAGACAGGGUACGCAUCAGGUUUAUCUUGCUGUGGGAUCUGUGACCUGCACCCUGGGCUGCUUAGAGAUGUAUGUAUAUGUAUGUGCACACACUAGAUGUAUGUAUGUAAUUAUUCAUUUUUACAUUACUCUGUAUGUUACAGCACUAUGUAUGUUCAUGUAUUUAUGUAAUUAUUAUCAUUCACCGCCAUUUUACUUACGAGCGGCUAGAAUGGCCGGCCGUUUCGUCGCCCUGUCUAGUCCACCCCAUCCCUUGGGUAUAGAACAUUUGUAAAGUCAU